CACACCUGCGUACCUAGGGGAGGAGUUCCUGGCACAUCUGUGUUCAAUCAACGUUGGACUAUUUAGCUCUCGCCCUGAUGCUUGGUCUUUGCCAGAUUGUCUUCUCAUGUUCCGUUACCAUGCUCUCGUCCUGAUGUUCUUGUUACCUUUGAUUCCUGGCCAUGUUUAGUUCUCGAUACAGGACUUCAAAGUUGCUUUGAGUGAAGGAAAUAUCAACUUGAAGACACUAAGAGAACUGUGCUUCAAUGGUAUCCCGUUUGAAGGAGGCAUACGGGCACUUUGCUGGAAGAUCCUUCUUAAUUACCUUCCUCUUGACCAGACAAGAUGGGAGUCUUUCCUCAAAAAGGAAAGGGAGGUGUAUUCCCAGUUUCUGAAAGAAAUGAUCAUCCAGCCUGGCAUCGCCAAAGCCAACCUGGGCCUAUCCAGAGAAGAUGUUACAAUGGAAGACCAUCCUCUAAAUCCCAAUCCAGACAGCAGGUGGAAUAAUUACUUCAAAGAUAAUGAAAUUCUACUACAAAUUGAUAAAGAUGUAAGGAGGCUGUAUCCAGACAUGGCCUUUUUUCAGCGUCCUACGGACUACCCUUGCCAACUUAUCUUAGACCCUCAGAAUGAUUACGAGACGCUGCGUCGGCGAGUGGAGCAAACCACCCUGAAAGCACAAACUGUUAAUCGGAACCGCAGUGGAGUAACCAAUGUCAGCUCCCCUGGAAAGGCAUUGAACCUGUAUCCAUCCAAUGAAUACGAGGUGUUGCCCAGCGGCAGUGAAGCACAUUGGGAGGUGGUGGAGCGCAUCCUCUUCAUCUACGCCAAACUCAAUCCAGGGAUUGCCUAUGUCCAGGGCAUGAAUGAAAUAGUUGGUCCAAUUUACUAUACAUUCGCCACAGACCCAAACAGCCAGUGGAAAGAGCAUGCAGAGGCCGACACGUUCUUCUGCUUCACCAACCUAAUGUCGGAGAACAGAGACAACUUCAUCAAGAGCCUGGACGACUCGCAGUGCGGCAUAACGUACAAAAUGGAGAGUGUGUACUCCAUGCUCAAAGAGAAAGAUCUGGAGCUCUAUCUCAAGCUGCUAGAACAGAAUAUCAAACCUCAGUACUUCACCUUCCGCUGGCUGACCCUGUUGUUGUCACAAGAGUUCCUCCUGCCAGAUGUUAUCCGCAUCUGGGACACCCUGUUCUCUGACCAGGACCGCUUCCACUUCCUCAUCCUGGUCUGCUGCGCCAUGCUCAUACUGAUCCGAGACAACCUUCUGGCAGGAGACUUCACAGUAAAUAUGAGAUUACUGCAGGAUUAUCCCAUCUCAGAUGUCCACACCAUCUUGACCAAGGCCAAAGAACUGCAGGAUAGCUCAUAAUCUGUUCCACCUGUUGCCUCCACUCAUAUGUGGUGAGUGCGAGGGCACACGUUGAACAAAACAUUGUCUGUUUUCAGGACCUCAGCGCACGUGUUGGGAAAAACCCAGCGUAUUGACUUUUAACAGGACAUCUGAUGUUUGGUCAGUGGGAAAGGCCAAAGAGAACUUGAAUGAAGGCACAUUGUGGUGAGCAGGAAGUGCGUCUUAGUGCAUUAUGGGAAAAGGAGUCCCUGUGGUCAUUUUCUGCGACAGUUCAAUUGGUAAGUUAUGAAAACAUUCCAGAGCCAAGCUUUUAUCCAAACACUGAAACGGCAUUUGGAAGCAUAAUAAAUGAGUUGUUUUGCCCCUUUCCUUAGUUUUUGGCUGUCGUGCUCUUUUUAAACGUUUGAAUGUUUCAAUAUAAGACAUUACUACAAGUAUUUGAAAGAUAAUCAUGAAGUGAGGGGAGUGGCAUUGUGUAUUAUGAAUAAUCAUUGGAACAUCAUUGCUACUUCAGUAUUGUGCCUUUCGACCCACGAGGAAUUGAAAUACAUUUUAUUAUGACAGAAUGAAAGGAACAGCAAAGGUGUCACUACAGUGUACUGUAUAGUUUUCCUGGAUGCAACUUGUGAUACACUACAUACACUGAUCAUGGGCACGCAUGUCCUUCAUUUCUUGGAACACUUCCUUUUCACAGGGGGAAUGAUUAUACCAGGGGUGUUCAAACUUUAUCCAGCGAGGGCCACGUAGUGGAAAACGAAAGGAUGCAAGGGCUGCUUUGAUAUUAUGUAAAGGAGCACAUGUUGAUAUGCUAUCUGGUUAUAUAUGUUUCAAGAAAAAACUACAUCAGCUCUGAUAUAGGUGGAAAGGUGUAUUAGUAGUAUGAACUUUGCCUUUCUUUCCCAAUUAUUUUUUUUAUUUUCCCAAUAUUUCAACCUUUUUUUGUAAUAUUUUGACAUUAUUCCCAUAAUAUUGUCUUUUUCCCCAACCUCAUUUUCCAAUAAUGACAACUCAGUUUUGUUUUGUUUGUUACUCAUAUUGUUACAGCUGUUGAAAGUUUCUUCUUGUAAAAUUGUGACUUGGUUUCUCGUUACAAUAUGGCAUUUUUCUAUUCAUAUUUUAACUUAAGUUUCAUAAAAUUACAGCAUUUUUUUCCAUUUCUGCUGUUGUUUUCAACUUUUUCUUGUAAAUGUUCUUCUCUUAUUUAUGACUCUAUUCCCGUAA